UCGGUCCUCCUGUGGAAUGCCCCCUCCCUGGAGUCACCUUCAUAUCCUGAGCGGCCGGCCCAGUAUUCCUGCCGUUGUAUGUCCGCAGUCUCUGGUCAUCCCCUGUACUGUGUCCGCAGUCUCUGGUCAUCCCCUGUACUGUGUCCGCAGUCUCUGGUCAUCCCCUGUACUGUGUCCGCAGUCUCUGGUCAUCCCCUGUACUGUGUCCGCAGUCUCUGGUCAUCCCCUGUACUGUGUCCGCAGUCUCUGGUCAUCCCCUGUACUGUGUCCGCAGUCUCUGGUCAUCCCCUGUACUGUGUCCGCAGUCUCUGGUCAUCCCCUGUACUGUGUCCGCAGUCUCUGGUCAUCCCCUGUACUGUGUCCGCAGUCUCUGGUCAUCCCCUGUACUGUGUCCGCAGUCUCUGGUCAUCCCCUGUACUGUGUCCGCAGUCUCUGGUCAUCCCCUGUACUGUGUCCGCAGUCUCUGGUCAUCCCCUGUACUGUGUCCGCAGUC